AAUAAAUUACAUAUUAAAAUAAUGAAAUAGAAAUAUUGCCAGAAAUAUCUGUUAGAUUUUUCAGAAUUAACUAUGUCUGAUUUAACCAUUUUAAUGAAAGCUACAAACUUCGCAGCAAUAAAACACAAGGAUCAACGACGAAAGGAUACUGAGGGUACGCCAUACAUAAACCAUCCUAUUGGUGUAGCUAAUUAUCUUACUCAGGCUGGUGUCACAGAUUUGGACGUGAUUCAGGCAGCCCUGCUGCAUGAUACAGUAGAGGAUACAGAAACUACCUUGGAGGAACUUAAAAUACAUUUUGGAGAAAAGGUUGCUAGUAUUGUGGCAGAAGUGACUGAUGAAAAGGGACAAGAAAAGCAUGAAAGAAAACGGCUUCAGAUAAUUCACGCCAGACACGCAUCAAAAGAGGCGAAACUUGUAAAACUUGCAGAUAAGCUUUACAACAUUAAAGAUCUUGAAAGAUGUCUCCCUACUGGCUGGACCAACGAACGAAGAGAUGAAUAUUUUAAGUGGGCUGCCAAGGUUGUUUCUGGUUGUAGAGGAACAAACCUGGAGCUUGAAAACCAGAUUGACGAAGUCCUGACAAGGAAUGGAUUAGUUAACCCUAAGGAGAUUGUCCUCGAGGCAAAUGAGAUGGAUUGAUUAACCUCAAGACCAAGACUAUUAGUGGACAGCAGCCUACAGAUAAUUAAAUUCAGCCUUUUAAAAGAAUUUUUAUACAAAUUAUGUGAAAAGACUCAAUGACGUACAGCACACUGCAGCAUUUAUGGCCAAACCAAAAUAGCAUUUCUCGCGUUUUUACAUUUUCCUGUGAAACCAGGCAAUAAUUGUAAAUAUAUGAGAAUUGGGGCUCCAGUUUUGAUGGUUUAAAAGUUUUACUUUGCAGUUGGUAUUUAAGACAUAAAUAUUAUUUAAGAUGAAGGAAAUGUAAAAACUAUUUUUUGGUUUUUAGUUUUUUGCUAAAUAACUCAUCACUUUCUAUAAGUGACCAAAAAAAACAAUUUCUUUUUGUAAAUAACUUGAUUAGUUUUAAUGUAACAGUAUAAUGUCCAAAUAGAUUAUCAAGUUCAACAGUACUUGAUAAUCUAUUUGAUAAUGCCUAGCGUGAAAUAUCCAGUAUUUCUGUCAAUUUGUUUUACUAAAUGUUUACUUAUGUUUUUUUAAAUAAAGUUUUUAAAUAUGA